UUUUUUCUUCUUCUUCUUCUUUAACUCGUCGUGAUUGUUCAAGGUGCAUGAGUACUGUAUAUGCGAGCACUCUUUUAAUGUACUAAAUAGCAAUGUUGCUUUUAGUCUUUUUUAGUAUUUUUCAGCUGUUGCACCCUACAUACCAACAGUUUCCCCGAGCCUGCAGCACUGCAGAAGCCCUCUUGAGCAAAUCAUGUUGCCCGACUUGGGAAGGAGACGGGUCAAUUUGCGGCGCUCUCUCCGGUAGAGGUUCCUGUCAAGAUGUGUCCAUCACUGACCUCCCCAACGGGCCACAGUUUCCCCAUUCCGGGAUCGAUGACAGAGAGAGAUGGCCUUUGGUGUUCUACAACCGGACAUGUCAGUGUGCCGCCAACUACAUGGGCUUCAACUGUGGUGACUGUAAGUUUGGCUACUCUGGGGCUAAUUGUGGCCAGAGGAGAGAGCGAAUCAGGAGAAAUAUCUUCCAGCUCACGUCCGCGGAAAAAAACAAAGUCAUUGCUUACCUGAAUUUAGCUAAGAAUACCAUCAGCAAAGAUUAUGUGAUUUCUACAGGCACUUAUGCCGAGAUGAACAACGGGUCGAAUCCUUUGUUUGCGGAGAUCAGUGUUUAUGACUUGUUUGUAUGGAUGCACUACUAUGCGUCCCGGGAUGCCUUCUUGGGCGGACCGAACAAUGUCUGGACAGACAUCGACUUCGCCCACGAAUCGGCGGCGUUCUUGCCAUGGCAUCGAGUCUACCUGCUGCACUGGGAAAACGAGAUCAGAAAGUUAACUGGAGACCAGGAUUUCACAAUUCCAUACUGGGACUGGAGAGAUUCUCAGGAGUGCGAUGUGUGCACAGAUGAUUUAAUGGGAAGUCGCAAUCCCACCAUCCCCAAUAUGUUAAGCCCAGCUUCAGUUUUCUCAUCCUGGAAGGUAGUUUGUACAAGACCAGAGGUGUACAACAGCCUAGAGAUAUUAUGUAACGGCACUGCUGAAGGGCCCAUUCUCCGUAACCCUGGUAACCACGACAGGAACAGGAUGCCCAGGCUACCUACAUCUGCAGAAGUGGAAUUCUGCCUGAGUCUAACAGAUUAUGAAACUGAACCAAUGAACAGGUUUGCAAACCUGAGUUUCAGAAAUACUUUGGAAGGUUUUGCAAAUCCAAGUGACGGCAUAGCUACCACAUUACAGAGCAACAUGCAUAAUUCACUUCAUGUGUUUAUGAAUGGUUCCAUGUCUUCAGUUCAAGGCUCAGCUAAUGAUCCCAUAUUUCUGAUACAUCAUGCAUUUGUUGACAGCAUCUUUGAGCAGUGGCUGAGAAGACACAAUCCGCCAAAAUCUGCUUACCCUACUGCCAAUGCUCCAAUUGGACACAAUGAUGGAUACUACAUGGUACCCUUCAUGCCUCUGUACAGAAAUGGAGACUAUUUUCUUUCUUCAAAAGAACUGGGAUAUGAUUAUGCCUAUAUGUUGGAACCAGGGCAAAGGUACCUGCAGGAGUUACUGAGCCCUUACCUUGACCAAGCCCGACAAAUCUGGAGAUGGCUUCUGGGAGCUGGGAUAAUUGGCGCACUGGUGUCAGCCAUUGUGGCUUUGUCAGUGGCUCUAGCUUGCCGCAAAAAGAAAAGGAGGAGAAGAAGUUCCUUUGGGGAAUCACAGCCUUUACUCAGCAGCAGUGAAGCGGACAGCACAACCACAUACCAGACAAACCUGUGAUGAGGAAAACUGCUGAGUACAGUCAGAGCCAACUGUGAUAAACCGAAGAGCAUCCUUAGGACCAGUCAUCCACUGUUUACCAAGCAAGACUAAGAGGCAUUUUAUACAUUGUUCUGACAAAACUGAAUGUAUACAAUGCAUUUAUACAUUAAAUCAUUUGGAGAUCA